GGCCAACACUAAGGAAAAGGAGGAAAGAAGCUCUGCAACUUCAUCUUUCAUAGCCAAACUCAAGCCAAGCUCAAACAAGAAAGUUGAUAGGAAGUUAAAGGAGGAAAAAACUAGCUAAAGGUGUGAAAGUUAAGGAACUUGAUUUAGAGUAUCUUUGAGCUUCGCCGGAGUUUCGCCGGAGUUGGUCAAAGUUGGCCGGAGUUGGUCAAAGUUCACCGGAAAUAGUCAAAGUUCAACCGCGGAGCGUAGAACACGCUUAAGCUCACUUAAGUUUCAGGUAGAACUUGAAGGGUGCUACCAUCACUGUUGCUUCGGGCGGAUUAUCAAGGAGAGGAGACGUGAAAUGGAACGCACCGGUAAAGUCACCCGACGAAACCCGACUGGCCAGGCGCCGGGAAGGUCCCAACAUGGCAGUCGAGGGGCAUCAAGGGUGUCUCGGGGGCAGGGCCGUGCAGGCCACUCGCUGACCGUUAGUGACGGUCAUGUUGAAACAAUUGACGAGCAUUAUGAGUCCGAGGAGGAUUCAACGUACCGACCGGGAACGGAGCCGGUUGAAACCCCAUAUGAUGGGGAAGAUGAUGACAUUAGCGAGGGGAGCGACGAUAACGACGCUCUAGAAAGGAUUGAGGAAUUGCUCCGGCAAUAUCAUCAAGAUCGCCGAAGGCGCCGGGCAAGGCGUGCUUCGAGGGGGGCUUCGAGGAGAGGGAGCCGUGUGAGUCCUAGGGGAAGCAUAGAACCCCAAGGAGGGCGAGGUGCCGAGGUUCCUAUCAUAAGAAUCUCGAAGUACCUAAAGGAGGCGAGAGACUUGGGAUGUAAACCGUUUGAUGGAACGGGAGACAUCUCCGUGGC